UAAGCACUAAACCUUGUGGCGGGAGUUAGCUUAGGAUUGGUGCCAGUGUCGGUGAUAACAAAAUUUCAGAAAUUAAUAAGUUGAACAUCUUCAGAUUUAGGAAAGAGGAAAGGUGUGGAAACGAAUAAAAAAAUUAAGAAUAUGAAGGUGUUUCAAAUGAGUGCCUGGCCGGCUUGGAGCAUCGUCGGUCAACAAGUCGAGAAUAGAAUUUUAACUCAGUGUAACACUAGAUAGAGAAGACCAGAUUUAGAAUUUCCUUUGACUCCUUAGCUCUCAUUCAACCUAGACGCUUGUGUUUAAAAAUAGCCUGCCUCUGGCAAACUCCCAAAAUAAAAAGAGAGGCGGAUAGUGUAUGAGUGAAAAAAGGAGAAAUUCCCAGUACGUCCGAGUCUUGUAAGAAAUGACCCAUUGCUGCAAAAAGGGAUUUCUGUUGAUUUAAAACAUAAGUUGAAUCUUUUAAAUUUUGUGAAGUCAGUGCUUAAAAAUUUCGUUCGGUAUGAGUGAUUUACCCGAGCCAGUUCAAAAAUGUGUUGCUGUGCUGAAAAAUGCUGCUGAAGACACAGAUAAACUCUCUGCACUGUUCUUGGUAACGAGUGUCAUCAAAGGUGGAGAAUGUUCGGACGCGGUGAAGGUGGCACUUUACGAAGCCAUCGGUGUCGAUUUCUUGACAAGGAUGUUGAAUCCGGUGGCAUCCGGCUUUUCGCCUGAUUGCCCUUCACCGAUCCUAAGAUCCCUGGCCAUGUCGAUAUUCUCAACUUUCUGCACAGUUGAGGAGUUGGCUGACAAGCCGCAGAUGUUGGCGAGGAUCCCCGACUUCAUUAAGACAGUUGAUGAGGUGGAUGAAGAGGAUGAACUUAUGACGGUGAGCGACGCUUACGAAUGUCUCAAAUUGUUUUCAAAUUUCUCCAGGGGUCGGGACACCUUGAUCAAAGAAGGCGCUAUUGAAAAGCUGAUAGAAGUAUACUGCAAUCAGGGUUUUCAAUCAGACGAGGCUCUAAAAAUUGUAGUCAUUCUUAUCGAGCACCAUGGCCCGAAGACAUGGGAGAAUCACAGUUUAGAAUAUUUCAAUACGUUCGUUGAGAAGCUGGCUUCCGACUUUAUGACUGAUCACUCAGAGCGUAAAUUCGUUCUCUGUAAUGCUCUCCACUAUAUUAUUUCGUCGGCUGCUUCAAUCCCAGAAAUCGAUAAAGUGGACACCUGGCAAGGUGAGAUAUUCAAGGGUGUGACUGACAUUUUAGGAGGGAAAAUCAGUAAGUCGCAAAGAGAACCAGCUUUGCAUUUGGCCUCAACUAUGGUUCAGGUAUUUGGCAUGCAAUGGACUUCUCGUGAUCCAGAAAAGCCAAAACAGUUUUUUUUACUGCUCACUCAUUUGAGCAGUAUAGAAGUGCGUAUGCAGCUAGAAGAUAGAAAUAUAAGCCAGAUAGUACCCAAUAUUCCUAUAAUUCUUUCUUGCUUCUUUAUCGUAGAAUGUGCUGUGACCUCGAUGGGCAAUGAUUUUAUAGAAAUGGAUUCCAAGGAGAAACAACAGAUAUACAUCGCUUUAAAAGGAGCGUUUACUGCUGUCGUAAACUUAUUGAAAAAACUUCAUGUCAAAAGUAGUCAGACUACAGCUGGGAUUAAUGAUGUUGAAAAAAUGUUGACAACUGCGUUGAUUCGGGUCUUAGCAUCAUGGAUGUCUCAGGAAACAUCAUCACUGAAAGAAAAGAUUUAUGAGUUGUUGCCUUUUAUACUGAGUGUGGCAAAUGAAUCUUUUUAUUCUUACCGCGCUGCCUAUGUGGCUCAGAAAGUGAAGCAGUCACAAGGCAGCAGUGAAUUGGUUAAACCUGGAAAAGAAGAAGCUGAUCUUUUGAGAGUGUUAUUACCAGCAUUGUGUCACAUUACCAUAGAUGAAAAAGGAAGGAGGAUUAUGUUGGACAACAAAGAAGAGGAGGUUCUUUUUGAGAACUUUGGCUUUCAUUGGUCUGUUGUUAACUAUAAAAAACCGGUCAUCCCCAAAUCUGAAAGAUUGAAGCAAGUGAAGACUCAGGCUUUGGAGUUACCAGAAAAUAUUAAAGAAGCGAUUAAAGACUCUAGAGUUGCACUGGUCAGUAUGUGCAAUAUAUUUAUGAAUAUUAUUGUGUUGGAUCCACAAUUCGUCGAGACGAGCAGCACAUUUUCGUCUCUCUUAAAAUUUGUCUUGAAUAAUUUAACUGAACUGAAAGAUCUAUCAGAUAACAUUGUGCUUCAUGCUAAUGUAGCUGUACUGGGUUUACUCCUCCUAAAACAUCAGUCAAAAAAAGUAAGCAAGACAGACUUUUCUAUCUGUCGGUACAUUCAAUCGACGAUCAGAUUUUUAUGGGAUGCUUACCAUGUUGAUGAGUCGGAUCACAUGUCCGAUCUUGUUGUGUCUAUGGCUUACAAAAGAUUUUGGAUUGAAGUCAUGGAAAUGUGGUUCCUCGGUAUGCAGACCAUGAGCAUUGUAUUAUCUCUCAUCCCUUGGAUAUCCGAAUUCAUAAUGGAGACAGGUUGGGCGCAAGGUACUCUAGACAUGCUCAAGCGCGCUAGACCAGGGUCGAUCCCUCAUAAUACAAAAGCUGCUUAUGAAGAUUUCCUUUGCCAACUUGUCAAAACAAAUAGUACUGUAAUCCCUAUAUUUAAAGAACAUGAUGCCUUAACAGUAUGCAGAAAUCACAUGUUCCUUGCACUUGGUAAACUACUCUUUGGUGAUUAAUACUCACCACUUAGUAUGGUCAAAAAAUCUCUUCUAUAUAAGUUGUUAUCAAUGGUUUUGUGUAUAUUUCCUUUGUACCACAUGCAAGUUUUGUUUUCUUUUUUAAUCUUCUUGUAAUAACUUGAAUUUCAAUAGAUGUUCCACACUAAUAUAUAUGAAUCGAAUGAAGUUUUGAAGCUUUUUAAAUUACCUAAUGAGCAGUAAGUUUGAUAUUGGCUUGUUCCUAGUAAUUUUUGGUACCUUAAAGUUUUGAAGCUUUUGAAUUUCGCUUCAUUUUUCAUUCAUUUUUUCUAAUGUAUAUUAUUAAAGAGUUUAUUAGCUGAAUAUUUUUUUCUAUGAUAUUAUAUAACAAGGUUUCAUUUAUAACAAUGAUGACUCCAAAUAUUAGUAUUUUUAUAACAUUAAAAAGUGUAUUAUGCCAGAACUUUGAUUUUUAGGAUAAUUAAUAUUUAGGAAAUGGUGUUAAAAAUUUAAUGUACUUUUACCCUAGUACAGUUCAAAAAGAAUUUAAUGUCUUGCUUCUCUUUUUGUUGGAUCUUUUUCAUCUGGAUUAUAAAAACUUCUUCGUUUUCCAAUGUUUACUUAUUUGUUAGGUAGAUGCAUUCGAGGAUCUUUCCACCACCUCAGUACAUUUUUCUAAAAUUUUGAUAAAUCAACAAUAAAGAAAUAGAUUUUUAUACAUUAAGAAUAUUUUACAAACUAACACAUUUCUUACACUUUGAGUGUCAACAAAUGACUGGCUUUUUGUAUAAAAAUAAUAUUGAUUAUUAAUAGUAUUGUGUAAUAUUGUUAAUGUUUGAAAAUUAUUUCAUUAGUGAUUUAAAUUUUUUUAGAAAAAUGUACUGCGGAGUGGGUGUAAAGAGCCUUGAAAUGCAUCUCCUUAAUAAAUAAAUAAACAUUGGAAAAGUUUAAGAAAUUUUUUUAAUCCAGAAUUUAAUGUUUUCAUAUUUCAUUAGUACUAAAAAUGUGAUUUGAAAGAUUUUUACACAAGAAUUACUAUUUGUUCAUCAUUAUUAUUGUUGGCACAUAUGCAUUUUUUUCUAUUUGAUUUCUUUGGGUAACACCAUACUUUAAUAUAAAUAUUUGAGGCUAAUGUAAAUCUAUUUGAAGACUAACCCAAUGGAAUUAGUCUCCUGAAGAAUUAUGUCUUUCUGUGAUAAAAUGUAUCAAAAAUAUGUUUAUAAGAAAGAUUAUAUUUUCUCAAAUUUGAUGCUAUUGACUUAAACGCAAAAUGUUUUGUGAUGGAGUACAAUAUAUGUUUUUAGAAAUUAUUAAUACCAUAUAAGCAGUUAUUUGAAAUCUGCAUUGAGCAAUUUGAAUUUUGUUGAAAAUAUGAAUAAUGUCUGGUAUUUAGUUUUUAUUCCUGUUUUUAUAUUUUGCUUUUUUACUAAACAGUUUGUAACAAAAGGUGUAAUUGAAUAGUUUUGCUUAAGGAAACAAAAAAUUUUAAUGUUUAAAUUUUUUUAAAUUUAACAUGCUACUAUCGUUGCAUUAACAGUACUUGCUUUUACAUUUAACCUUUUACAAUACCUGUAAAGACAUAUUAAACUUAGGUACAUACUUGUGAGCAUAACAAUUAAUAAACUAUUAAUAACCAAAAUGAGUGUUGAUAAAACAAAUAGUUCUUCAUUUUUCAAUUGUAUCAUUCAGUCAUUUUUCUUAAUUAUCACAGAAAUAUAAAAAUAUUAUCAAUGAUUAAUUGUAUGUUCAUUUUUCAAGUUUUUCUGUUGUAUUUUUUUACAAAUUUACAAUGAUUUUAUUAAAUAAUGAAGUAUUUAAUUUUAUUUAGAACACAUGGGUUAAUUUGCAAAAAAAAUAUAUAUAUAAUCAAUUAAUGCUUGUAUGACUAUAAUUUUAAUGGAUUUUGUCAUAAGUGUGUCAAAUUGUCAGUAUAGUACGUUUGAAUUGCUGCUUACAAGCUUACAAUAGUUACCAUUAAAUAAUUGAUUUACCUGGUCAAAGAACCUUAUAUAUGAAUGUUUUGAAUCAUUUAUUGUCCAAUUUAUGAAACAACAUUAUAUUACUGUCAAAUUAUCUCAAGAACUUCCAUUGUAGUAAAUAAUAUGUCUGUUAUUAAAUGGAGGGAAUAAAUGUUUUAAUUCAAAAA